AUGGAUUCACCUGCGCGACGUCUUUAUCUCAUAAACACUCAUCUAACUGGCAAGCCAACAUUAACAGUAACAGACAACCGUACAGGUAAAACAAUCGAAGUCCCAGUGAAAUAUAACUACAUCGACGCAAAAGAUCUAUCAAAACUGAAAAACGACCAAGGCGAAAACCUUAUGCUUUAUGAUCCUGGCUAUAUGAACACUAUCAACUGCACAUCUAAAAUUAGCUAUAUUGAUGGCGAUAAAGGGAUUUUAGAAUACCGCGGAUAUCCUAUAGAGGAACUCGCUGAAAAAUCAACCUUCCUAGAAGUCGCUUUUCUAUUAAUAUAUGGAGAGCUCCCUACCCAGUCUCAAAAGAUCCUUUGGGAACAAAGAAUUUUACGUCAUACCUAUCUCCAUACAGAUAUAGGCAAAAUGAUGCAGAGUUUCCAUUACGAUGCCCAUCCUAUGGGAAUCGUUGUGAGCACUAUGAGUGCAAUGAGUACUUUCCAAGCUGAACAAAACCCCACACUUUUGGUUGGGAUUGACCCUUAUUCAGACCCAUUGGUCCUCAACAAACAAAUUCAUAGAAUUUUAGGAAGAAUGCCGACAGUUGCAGCUUAUGCAUACCGUCAUCGUAUCGGGAGACCUUAUAAUGAGCCAGCUCAAGGUCUAGGAUACAUUGAGAACUUCUUCUAUAUGCUAGAUAGGCUUAAUGAAACCAAUUAUGCUCCUCAUCCUAAACUUGUAAGAGCAUUAGACAUUUUAUUUAUUUUACAUGCAGAGCAUGAGCUAAACUGCUCAACAGCUGCUAUGAGGCAUUUAGCCAGCAGUGAAGUUGACGUCUAUACUUGUGUGGCAGGGGCUGCAGCUGCUCUUUAUGGAAGAAAACAUGGAGGAGCUAAUGAAGCAGUCUUACGAAUGCUUGAAGAGAUUGGGAGUGUUGAAAAUAUUCCAGCAUUUUUGGAUAAAGUCAAAAUUGGAAAAGGAAGGCUUAUGGGAUUUGGGCAUAGAGUUUAUAAAAAUUAUGACCCUAGAGCUAAAAUUGUAAAAAGACUGGCAGAUGAUGUAUUUUCUAUAUGUGGAAAAGAGCCGUUAAUUGAUAUUGCGGUUGAGCUUGAAAGAAUUGCGCUGACUGAUAAGUACUUUAUUGACAGAAAAUUGUACCCAAAUGUAGAUUUUUAUACUGGGGUGAUUUAUAAGUCUAUGGGGUUCCCUACUGAUAUUUUCCCUGUGCUAUUUACGAUCCCAAGAGUAGCUGGAUGGCUUGCGCAUUGGAAAGAGUUUCAUACUGACCCUGAAAACAAGAUUGUUAGACCAAGACAAAAUUAUAUAGGAUAUACUACACGUCAUUAUAUACCAAUUUCUGACAGAAAAGAAUCGAAAUUCUACCUUCAAUCACUUGCAUCGGGUAAUCAAAGGAGAAGAGAAGUUUAA